AUGCUGCAUUCCCUUGAAUCCAGCAACGUUGCCAUCAAAAUUGCUUUCUUGGAGAAUUCAAAUUGCCGACGUCUUAUGGAAGUAUUGAUAAUUUCUGCUAAAGGCAAGAUCAGCAGAUAUAUAGCUUGGGCUAAGCAUUUCCUCCAGUCUAAUUGUUCUUUGCAAAUUCGAGCUUUGGGUACUGCUAUUCCGAAAGCUAUUGUCACAGGGGAAUCGCUCAAAUGCCAUUUAAAGGGUAUUCAGCAAUCUGUGGACACAUCCAUGACCAAUGGGGUGUCCACCAUUAUCAUAAAUUUGAGCUUAGACUCAGCUCAAGAUAUGGGGGCUCAAAACAGAGGUGGCCGGAAGGAAGCUAAUCACCGAAAGAAGAGACGUGGCAAAUCGUCUUCACAUAAUGGUACUGCUACUGUACCGGGCGGCCGAAUGGAAUGGAAGCCAAUAGUCACUCCUAAUUCAUCAGAAGCUUCUAUUGGAAAUGAUAUAUCUCUCCUUGUACUACCAGGAUCAAUGUCUAUAGCAUAUGAAGAACAGCCUUCUCUACUUGGAAUUUAUACAGAGUUGGACUAUGUGAUAGCAUUGAAGGAAAUCCUCUCGUCAGGACCAUCUUUAUUUUCUUCAUUAUCACCAUUGAGCAGGAUGAAGGACACAAGAAAGUUACAUGGAACUCCAGGCCGACAUGUGAAUAGCGUGAUCAUGUCUGAUGUAAACAAAUGGUGGCAAGGAAGAAAGGUUUUUAAGUCAGUUGGGCAAGUUACAUUCAAAAAAACCGGCAUGAGCUGGUUGGAAAAAUUGGGCAAAUUACCAACAGUUAACAAGGACAGGUUAAAUAUUAGUCUUCCUUCCAAGGUUCAUGCUGUCACAUGCUUCAACAACAAGUGGAAAACAGAGGAAAAUGGAGAGGAGGAAGAUAGAUGCCUUUGGUUGGAUUGGACAUGCCGACCCAGAGCACACCAAGGAGGCAUUUUCAGGUGA